UUAUUUUUAUGUUCCAAUAAAAAAAAGUAUUUAAGUAGAGAAGAUCUUAAGCACUUUCAUUAUAUCGAUCCAAAUUUAAGAGCUUUGAUUUGCAAGUAAAAUACCCCAAAAUCUUAUGAUGAAAGUGAUCAAAGCUUAUCUGAAUCAAAUUAUGUUUCUAAUUGUCGAAACGCCCUAUUUUUCUUUUUUCACUUCUCUCCUUCUAUGCAUCCUGGUGAUUUUUUGGAAGCGAUCCAGAGCCAGAGGCCUGAAGUUACCCCCAGGGCCAUGGAAGCUGCCGAUUAUUGGAAACUUGCAUCAAAUGGUCGGUCCACUGCCACACCACACAUUGAGAGACUUGGCCAAGAAACAUGGACCCAUCAUGCACCUUAAACUGGGUCAAUUAGAGGCCGUGAUUAUUUCAUCUGCCAAAGCUGCCCGGGAGGUGUUGAAGACACAUGAGCUUGCAUUUGCGCAGAGGCCUAUUGUUCUGGCGGCAGAGGUUAUGUCUUUUGGUCAAGGAGGUAUUAUCUUUGCUCCUUAUGGAGAUUUAUGGAGAUCGCUGAGAAAGAUUUGCAUUUUCGAGCUACUAAGCGCCAAACAUGUGCAGUCUUUCAGAUCCGUAAGAGAAGAAGAGGUACGGAAUCUUAUGGAGUCCAUUGGCUCAAUGUCUCACAAGGGACUUGCCAUCAAUUUUAGUGACAGGUGCUGCAGCUUCGUAAAUGACGUAGUGUCAAAGGCGGCAUUUGGGAAAAAAUGCAAAGACCAAAAGGAGUUCCUUUCGCUACUAGACGAAUCAUCCAAACUUGCUAGUGGGUUUGAUCUUCCUGAUUUGUUUCCUUCACUCAGUUUUCUUGGGUUCAUUACUGGGUCGAUCGCUGCUAUGAAAGAUGUAAAAAGCAAGCUCGGUACGAUUCUCGAAAAUAUCAUCAACGAUCAUAAGAUCAAACGAUCCAAAAAGGACUUGAAGAUCAGUAAUACUAGUACUACAGCAGGCAAUGACAAAGCAGAGGAGGUGGAGGAGGGGGAGGAGGGAAAUUUUGUUGACGUCUUUCUAAAACUUAAGGAGUCCAAUAAGGCGGAGUUCAGCUUGACAACCAAUCAAAUCAAAGAUGUCAUUCUAGACAUCUUCGCUGCAGGAAGCGAGACUUCAGCUACAACCUUAGAAUGGGUAAUGUCAGAGUUGAUGAGAAACCCAAGAGUCAUGAAAAGGGCUCAAGCUGAAGUGAGACAGUUAGUCCUCCAAUUUGAAGGAAAGAAAAGCAAAGUUAUUGAAGAAAGAGAUGUUCAAAAAAUGGACUACUUGAAAUUGGUGGUGAAAGAAACUCUAAGGUUACACUCUCCAGCCCCUUUGCUCCCAAGAGAAGCAAGGGACACGGUUCAAAUUGGCGGGUUCGAAUUACCAGUUAAAUCAAAAGUAAUUAUUAAUCUAUGGGCAAUGGGAAGAGACCCAAAGAUAUGGGGAGCAGAUGCUGAGUGUUUUAAGCCAGAGAGGUUUCAGGGUUCUUCUGUUGACUUUAAGGGUUUUGACUUUGAGUUCACCCCGUUUGGGGCCGGCAGAAGAAUGUGUCCAGGCAUGUCGUUUGGUGUUACCAUGGUUGAACUUGCUCUUGCUGAAUUGCUCUACCGAUUCGAUUGGAAACUGGCGAAUGGGAUGAAUCCAAACGAACUUGAUAUGACGGAGAUCUUUGGAAUGAGCUGUAAGAGAAAGAAUGCGUUGUACCUAAUUGCCACCCCACAUUUUACUUCAGUCGAUGAGUCAGAGUGACUCGGCGUUUUGUUGCCAUGAAUGGCCAACAAAGCUAGCACCAUUCUGGUGUAUGGCUUUAGGUUUGAAUUUUUCCUUUACAGAAUAAAACAUGUUUUCAGUCCACCAGUCUUUGUAACUUUCCACUUCCGUUCCCAUAUUUUCUAGUGCAACGAUUUUCUUCAUCCUUGCAGUUUGCAGAUUGUUUAAAUCCAGGCUUAUUUUUCAUGUAGUACUUGCGUAAUAAGGCAUGAUUAAUGCAAUGUUAAUUCAAUA